AUGACGACCUACGUAAAAGAUAACACCAACAAGCCCAUCUCUAACGAGAGGAACCUUCCAACCGACCUCAUCGUGGUGGGAGCCAGCCACGUCAUGCCUCUAAAAGUCCUUGACCCAGAACUCAUCUAUGACAUCUCUCCAGUGGACUAUUAUCCAUACUAUGCGGCCUUUGUCUACAAUGUCUCUGAUGUGAGGUCCAUCAUCCACCAGAAAAUCAACUGCCCAUCGAUCAAGAGCAUCCCAGAAGGAGAGCUCAACUAUCCUUCCACCAUCGUCCGAUUGUCGGCAAACGAGGCAAGGACAGUAACCUUCACGAGGACCGUGGCUAACAUCGGCGAGGUAGCAGUGACUUACUACGCAAAGUUGGGCGUGCCAGAUGUGGUUUUUGCACGAGUAGUUCCGAGAAGCUUAACCUUCAAUAAGGUUAAUAAAAAGAAGAGCUUCGAGAUCAGUUUCAAAUGA